AAUUUAGAAAACCUUAACUCUAUCUUCUUCACCUCCCACAUUUCUUCUACACAGAGCAACAAAAAAAAAAAAAAAAAAAAGCUUGGUUUGGUGCUGCCUUCCUCUUCCUCCUCCUGCUUCACCUCUUCUAAAGUUGCUGCCUUUGUCCUCCUUCUGGACCACCAUUUCCAUUGUUAUAUAUAUAUAUAUAUAUAUAUAUGUAUAUAUAUAAGGAGUGAGUGGCUAAGUUACAACGAGUCUCUAAUGUUACGCUUGGUUCAAAAUCUUCUGCGGAAAUCUGCACCCAAACCCCUUCCUGCACCCUCCAAUAAUCUUCCUCUUCAUCCUCAAUCGCACCACGAAACCCGAUUGCGGCGCCAUUUCUCGUAUUCGGCGGCUUCGAGUUCGAGCCCUAGCCUCUCCAUAUGGCGGCGGAAGAAGGAGAUGAGCAAGGAAGGUUUGAUCGUCGCCAAGGAGCUCAAGCGAAUCCGAUCGGACUCAUUUAAACUCGACCGCUUCAUACGCUCGCAUGUCUCCCGCUUACUCAAGUCCGAUCUCGUCUCUGUUCUUGUCGAGUUUCAGAGACAGAACGAGGUCUUUCUAUCCAUGAAGAUGUAUGACGAGGUGCGUAAAGAGAUUUGGUACCGACCAGACAUGUUCUUUUACCGAGAUAUGCUGAUGAUGCUUGCAAGAAACAAAAAGGUGAAUGAAGCAAUGAAGGUUUGGCAAGAUUUAAAGAGUGAAAACGUUGUGUUUGAUCAGCAUACAUAUGGGGACAUUGUUAGAGUGUUCCUAGACAAUGGAUUACCAUCAGAGGCAAUGUACAUAUACAAUGAGAUGACAUCUUCCCCUGACCCCCCACUCUCUCUACCAUUUCGAGUUAUUCUAAAGGGGCUCCUGCCUUACCCGGAAUUGAGAGAGAAAGUGAAAGAGGAUUUCUUGAGGAUUUUUCCGGGGAUGAUCGUGUAUGACCUACCUGAAGACUUGUUUGAUAGUCAUGACAGGAGUACAGAUAGUGAAGAAGAUGAGUAGAAGAAAGGAAUAUUUGAAUGUUUGAACUGAGAGAGUAUUAACUGCUCUAACCAUGUUAGCUGGAUUUAGUUUGUGAACAACUUGUAUAUAUAUUGAUUUCUGGAUUAAUGAAACACUUUACUGAUUUUCCCUUUAAAAAACCUUGCAUGAGUUUUUUUUUUCUGUACUAACCAACAUGUUCUUUCAUCUAAUUAAGAAAUAGAACUCAUCUCACUUUUAGACACAAGUUCAAUAUAUUAUGAUUGUCUAAGUUAUUUUAUUGAAGUAACAAGAGUAGGUUACAAGUGAAGCUUAUAACUUUGGGAAUGAAAAACAACAACAAUGGAAAGAAAAAAAGCAAAAA